UAAUAAAAUAAUGUUAAUAACAAUUAGAUAUGGAGAUAGAAAUAUUGCUGUAAUUAAAAUAAAAAGUGAAUUUAUUAAAUUUACAUUUAAAACAAUUUAUUAUAUUCACGUUUGGAAUUAAAUUAUUAAUUAAUAUUUUGAAUGAAUCAAGUAAUGACAUUCACGUGUACAUAUGCUUUACCAAAUUAAUAUUUAAAUAAAUAAAUUAAUGAAAUUCACGUGUGCAUGUGCUUUGUCAAAUUAAUAUUUUAAAUAAAUGUGUUAAAUUAAUUGAUUAGAUUUUCCUUUUAAAUCUAAUUUGUCAAAAUCACAUUUGAAAUGAUUUUGUUAAACUAUUAUCGAAAAUUAAUUUAUCAAAUAGAUAUUGUGAAUUACUUUAUUAAAUCAAUACUUGAAAUUGAUUUCUUAAAUUCACGUUUAAAAUGAAUUCAUUAAAUUAAUAUUUGAAAUGAAACGAGUAAAUCCACGGCUAAAAUUAAUAUAUUAAAUUAAUUUGGAGCACUGUCCUCCGCGAAAGUCGGGGUUCUCGAUAAGGUGGAUGUCGACAACCUCGGUUUAUCGAUAUUUCUAAACGGUACCUCCGAGGUCUUUCACCAUCAGGAGGCUUCGCUUGCCUGCAACCUCGCAAGAAUUCCUGUGGCCCAUCUUGCAUUCAAAUGUGUUUACCCGUAUUUUUUUUGUUUACAACUUAUCUCACGUACAGGAUAUAUUUACCUCCUGCUGUCGCUUCGCGUAUAUAAAGACACGGGAGGAUUCACCUGAAACGCGCAUACCAGUAUCGCAUCUCGAGGAAGCAAGGUCGGUUUGGCCAAAGUUAGAACCGGUACGGGUAGAUUUCCGGUUUGAUCCAUUUGUGUGAAAGCUGAACUCUCCCAGUGGAAAAACAUCGCCCUCGCUGGACGGUGGAUUUUAUUAGAAAAUCUCAUCGAGAUUCAACUGAAAUUGUUUUUCGUCGUACCUAUUAUUCUCUAAUUCACAAUAAAAACAAAGUAAUAAUGAUAAAUGAGUAGAGAUCGGAGAGUGACGAUAAAGUAGUCGCGAGUAAUCAAAAGUUGCGAACAGUGAAUUGCAAAACCUAGAAAAAAUUGCAAAGUACAGGUACAUAAUUGAGAACUAGAGAGACUUACAAAAUAAAUUCAAAAACGUUGAAUUUUUUAAAUAACAAAAAAUCAUAUUACUGGGAAAAUGUCGUAAGAGUUUGCAGAAGUUCUGAUAAUACCUCUUGACAAGUUUCUUCUCUACAUUUUUUUUUUAAAUGAAAUCAAACUGUACGAUGAAAGUGAUUUCGUUGUAUUUCCUUGUUAUCGUCGGAAUAACUUGUGCCGAUGAUGAUAAAGUGCGAUACGAUGGGUAUAGACUGUACAAGGUGCAUGUCACGGAUGAUACUAAACUCGAACUGCUCCACACAAUGCGAGACAGCGAUGGUUACGCGUUCUGGGAACGACCAAGGGUCAAUUACACUGCGGAUGUUAUGAUAUCGCCGGAGAAACUUCAGGAGUUCAUGCAAAUCGCAAAUACGUCGGAACUUGAACCUGAAUUGAUGAUGGAGAACGUGCAGAAGUAUAUCGACGAUGAAAAUCCUCGUAGAAACGUGCGUGGCAAUUUUGACUGGCUGGGAUAUCAUCGAUUGGACGUAAUCUAUCGAUGGCUGGAUUCUCUGGUGACUCAACACCCCGAAAUCGUGAAACCAGUGACAGGUGGUAGCAGCUACCAAGGACGAAGCAUAAGAGGCGUGAAGCUCUCUUACAAAGAGGGCAAUCCUGGCGUGUUCAUCGAAGGUGGAAUCCACGCCAGGGAGUGGAUAUCGCCGGCUGUCGUAACUUACAUCCUGAAUGAAUUGAUACUUAGCGACGAUUCACGCAUCAGAUACAUGGCUGAGUCUUACGACUGGUACAUCUUCCCCGUAUUCAAUCCGGAUGGUUACGAGUACACGCACACAACGAAUCGUCUUUGGCGAAAAACAAGACGACCGACUAGAGGAGGAUGCAUCGGUGCUGAUCCCAACAGAAACUGGAACUUCCAUUGGGCAGAUGGUGGUACCAGUCCAUUUCCUUGCAGCGAGAUAUACCCCGGCGAUAAGCCAUUCUCCGAAACGGAAACGAGAACCAUGUCAGAAUACAUUGACAGCAUCCACGAAAAGAUAUUCGCCUACAUAGCAUUUCACAGUUACAGUCAAUUGUUGCUCAUCCCUUACGGCCACACCAACAAAAGGGUCUACAACUACAACGAUCUGUUUCAAAUUGGAAAUUACUCAGCGAACGCUCUGUCGAAAAGAUACGGAACAAAAUACAGAGUUGGAAACAUCGUCGACAUUAUAUAUGUUGCAUCCGGUGGAUCGAUGGAUUGGGUACGAGGGACCUACAACACUCCAAUAACAUUCACUUACGAGCUUCGUGAUACAGGAAGAAAUGGUUUCAUUCUGCCGGCAAAUCAAAUUAUACCGACUGCAGAGGAAACGAUGGAUUCAUUGGUUGCCAUGUUCGAGCAAACUGCAAAGCUCGGUUAUGGAGCGUCUUAGACAACACUAUUUAAAUAUAAUUAUUUUUAAACAGAGUUCAAUUUAUCAGUACUCCAAGGUACAUUAAGCAGUCAACUACGUUUGAAUCUCCUAAUUUAUAUUUUUACAAAAUUGUGCGAAAAUAGUGUUAAUAUUUAUACCAUCGUAUUAACGUUUUUCAGUUUAGUAUUAAGUGGAUACAAAUAUUGUUACGAUAUGUAUUAUAAAAUCAAGUUUCAUAGUUGAAAUAAUUCAUGGCCCAUCAAGUGUGAAUUUUAUUCUUCUAAUGUUUCGAAUAUUACAAUUUCGUAUUGUUUUAAAAUAAUUACUAAUUCAUACUAUUUUUAUUAAACUAAACACGCUUACUAUUGUUUCACCUUUUGACUGAAGCUCCAUUAUUUCUUUUACGAUUGAAACUUUGAAACUACUACUUGUUCUUUCGCGAUGAUAAAAUUUAUUAUAAUAAACUCCAAAGAAGUUUUCAUUGCGUUACGUCCUAGGAACAUGUUUGAUUACAAACAUACAUUUAUAAUCAGAGAUUGAUCAUAAUCUAUGUGUUUUCUUUUAUAGGCUUUUGGUUUAUCGCGAUUUGAUAUAUCCAUCCAAAAAUGUAGACUCUAAAUUGGGAAGGUUGUUUGUAAUCGCGAUCUUGAUUCUUCACCUACACUUAAAACACUAGCAUGUUCACACGAACGAUCGGAUUAAUGUUCGUUAUUUUAAUUUGUUUAACACCUUAUCGAGUGAAUUUUAUUUAUUUAUUUAUUCUUCAAAAAGGAAAUUAUUCCGAAGGUUUAGAAGAUAUUUAAAGAAUUUUUAAAAAAGACAAGUUGACAAAACUAUUAUCACUAAUUUGUCGAUCAAUAUGGCAAAUCGGAAUUUAGUAGAUUUUCUUAUAAACAAACAGACUUUUGAUACACUAAUUUUACUGCCGACUUUAUCCUUCUUUAUAUUGUCCAAAAUUUAAUUCUUUUGUAGAUGAUAAACGUCUAUAUACUAAAUAUUUCUAUGAUGUUAAUGAAUAUUAAAUUUUCGCGAAACCGAUGCUUUGUGUAUUUUUUUAAGGAAUGACAUCCUCGUGACGAAAAGAAUUUAAAUCUGUUUACAAUAAAAAUAAAAUAAGAAGAGUGCUAUGGAAGAAAUCGUAUUAAUGACAAAGAUAUGAUUCUCAGUAAUAUAUUAUUCUAGAUGCUGAUUUUUAUGAAAUACAUACACGAAUAUCCAUAUCUCAAAGGCAAACUACAGUAAGUAAGACUUCGAAAUCUAAAAAUUGUGUAUAAGCAUACCACAAUCACUUUGCUAAUAUUAAACUCUUAACUGCUACUCAAAAUAUUAAGUUAA